AAGAACACUUUGAAAUACUGAACUGACCUUUGCCGUCAAUAGCCUGUACUCUGUUCCUGUUGUCUAUAAAAUGGCGUUUAAAUUUUGGUAUAAGUAUGAUAGAACUACUCGUUCAAAGAUAUUUUGUUUGAUUAGCGGAAUCGUGAAUUUCAUUGCUGUUGGAUUAACCUAUAUCAUCAUAGGAAUUAUUACUAAACCAGUUGCUUACGAGAUGAAUUGUAGCGAGGGGUUCGUGUCUUUCUGGGGAGCAAUCCAACUGGCAGUAAUGGCAGGAAUUGGUCCCACUGGAUGUGCACUACUUAGAAGAUUUGGUAUGAGGAGGUUGGGAAGUGUUGCUGGGUUCGUGUCAUUUUGUGUCCUACUCUUCCUCUCCAUUGGUGCUAGAAACAAGUGGAUGUUUGUUAUAGCGGUGUGCUUACAAGGUAACUAGUGAAGGUUAUGAACAAUAUCUAGAUCAAUAUAUGGUAAGAAAAAAUGGAUGCUUAUAACAUGGUCUCAU